AUGUCUGUGAGCAAUGGGAAGACAGUACCAUUCCUGACCCAGGAGAUCCUCAGCCACCUGGGUCUUGCCAACAAGACUGCAGCUUGGGGAACCCUGGGCACCCUCAGGACCUUCUUGAGCUUCAGUGUGGACAAGGAUGUGCAGAGGCUGCUGAGGGCCAUCACAGGCCAAGGUGUGGACCACAGAGCCAUUGUGGGCGUGCUGACCAAUCGGAGCAGAGAGCAAAGGCAGCUCAUCUCUCGAGCCUUCCAGGAGCGCACCCGACAGGACCUGCUGAAGUCCCUGCAGGCAGCACUUUCUGGCAACUUGGAGAGGAUUGUGGUGGCUCUUCUGCAGCCUGCAGCCCAAUUCGAUGCCCAGGAAUUAAGAACAGCCUUGAAGGCCUCAGGUUCUGCUGAAGAUGUGGCCAUGGAAAUUCUUGCCACCCGAGACCCAUCCCAGCUGCAGGAAUGCUUGACAGUCUACAAACACUAUUUCCAGGUGGAGGCUGAGGAGGACAUUAAGUCUGAGACCAGUGGCAUCUUACGGGACCUGCUCCUGGCCCUGGCCAAGGGAGGCCGUGAGAGCUACUCCGGAAUCAUUGACUAUAAUCUGGCAGAACAGGAUGUCCAGGCAUUACAGCAGGCUGAAGGACCCAGCACAGAGAGGACAUGGGUCCUAAUCUUCACCCAGAGAAAUCCUGUACACCUUAUCCGAGUGUUUGAUCAGUACCAGCAGUACACUGGGCAAGAGUUGGAGGAGGCUGUCAGGAACCGUUUCCAUGAAGAUAUCCAGGUGGCCCUGCUCAGCCUAGCUUCAGUGAUCAGGAACACGCCAUUGUACUUUGCUGACAAACUUCAACAAGCCCUCCAGGAAACGAAACCCAAUUACGGAAUCCUGAUGCGCAUCCUUAUCUCUCGAAGUGAAACUGAUCUUCUAAGCAUCAGAGCUGAGUUCAAGAAGAAAUUUGGGAAGUCCCUCUACUCUUCUCUCCAGGAUGCAGUGAAAGGGGAUUGCCGAUCAGCCCUACUGGCCCUGUGCAGGGCUGAAGACAUUUGAGACAUCCCUGCUCCCCACCCCCACAUGACAUUCAAGGAUCUGAGAGUCCCAUGUUUCGCCAAGCCUGCAAGAGACCAACUGGGCCUCCAAAUAGGACAACCCCUCACUGAGCACCACAUGCUCCAGCUUCUUGUUGAGGCUGGAACUCUAAGUUUCUUUUAAAUCCCUUAAUUUCCCUCAUCUCAGAAUGAUGCCUGUGCCUGGGUCCUGUAGUUCCGUCUUGGGUGUGGAGUAAUGAGAUCUCUAAUAGUUUCUGCCCCACUCAUCCU